AUGAAGAAUAAUUCUUACGAGCUUUUUGAAAACGAAAACUUGCAAGAAUUAAAAUUAAACGAGAGAACCGAGGAAAAUGAAUUGCCAGAAAAUAGAUGUUCAAGUCAUGGCCACAGUCACAAAAAUGAUCGAGGAAAAAAGCGGCUCAUAAUCGCUUCUAUUUUAACAUUAAUCUUCGUUGUCGGCGAAUUCGUGGCGGGAAUUUUGGCGAAAUCAACGGCAGUCCAAGCAGAUGCGGCUCAUAUGCUUACGGAUUUGCUCUCUUUUGGAAUUUCUUUAUUGGCGAUUUCGCUUUCUGACAGGCGCGCGACGAAUACUCUUACCUCCGGCUGGGAUCGAGCCGAAGUUCUCGGCGCUACUUUUACAAUCAUUCUUCUCUGGAUCAUCACCGCGGUCUUAGGAUACAUAGCCGUUGAAAACAUGAAAAACCCAGAAGAAGAUCUCAACGAAAACAUCAUGAUCGCCAUUUCCAGCGCUGCGAUCGCCUUCAACAUUCUCCUCGCCUGUGUUUUAAGGGGAUCUGGUCAUGGCCACACUCACGGACCUGGAGCUGGGCAUAAUCACAGUCAUGACGCGGUCAAUAUUCGAGCAGCAAUGGUUCAUAUCGUCGGCGAUUUGGUUCAAAGCAUAGGAGUUUUAGCCGCAGGAAUAUUCGUCAAAUGCUAUCCUGGGCAUAGAGAAGUCGCUGUUUUGGCGGAUCCGAUUUGCACUUUUUUGUUCAUGACAAUUGUCUUUUUCACCACUCUGCCGAUCAUCAGGGACUUGGCUUUUAUUUUGAUGGGUGGAGUUCCGGAAGAAGUAACAGUCAACAUAAAAACUACCCUCGUUCAUUUCGGAAGCUUGAAAUCAAUUCAAAUCUUUCAAAUAACACCGGAAAAGUACUCUCUUUCAAUAGAAAUUGAAAGUGACUCGACGACAGAAGACAUAAAACAAGCUCUGAGAAAAUUGGAGCAUAAUUUUCAAAGUAUUUUUGUUGAAAUCUGCUGA